AAAUUCCUUAUAAUUUUUUUUUUGCAAUUUAUUCUUCUUUUGCAAAUCUUUGUUUUCUUCUUAUAUAUUUUUGCAUUGUGUUUCAAAUUCAAAGUCUUUUGACUUUUGUUUGAGGCAUUUUAUUGCUUUCAUUUAAUUUAAAGUCAUUCAAUUUGUUUCCAUUAAUUUUAAUUUCUAAUCAUUAAAUUUCUUUUACAUUUCAAGUCUUAUCCUUAUCUUUUUGUUCACAAAAUAGGAUUUUUGGUGCACAUUUAGAAACUAGUACUCAUAGAAAGGAAUAGAUUUCGCUCCCAAAAUUUAGAUAUCGAACUAAUUCAGAUUUACUAAAAAUCUGCAUAACAGUAAAUAAGAGUGAAAGUUCUUAUGUUAUAAAGAAAAUAUCAAUAGAAACUUGUAAUGUAAUAGAGCAAAAGUCUCUGGUAGGUUAUUCCAGACAAAUUUAUUGGAUGAUAAAACCCGAAGGAGUAUGACAUAAAAAAGUAAAAACCAUUGUUCUCACCCUAGUGGAUACACUACAUUUUUCAUUUUACGACACUCCUAAACUUUAGGGUAUAAUUGAGUCUUCUCUUAGAGCUGGCAACCCACAGAGUAGGAUAGGGUUUGGACUCUAUCCUAAUUUUACUAGCGAGUUGAAAACUUUUUUAAAAUUCUACCAUAUCCUACCUGGUUGAGAAUCUCUCAAUUCUAACCCUAACCGCACCCUAAAGUUCUAAAUCCUAUUCUACCCGAUUCUACCCGCAAAAAAAUAAAAAUUUUUUAAACAAACAUAAAAUUCAACCAUUCCAAAUUUCAUACAUAUUAAUAAAAUAGAAAAUAAAAAACUAAGUUCAAAUUAAAAUUAAAAACAAUAAAAUUUUAAAGAAAUCCAACAUAAAAUUAAAAAUAAUAUGAUCAUCAAUUAGUUUAGUGGUUAUUUCAAAUUUUUACAAAAAGAAGGUUGUGAGUUCAAUAGUCACUUUUUUUCACUAUAUACAUAAUUUUUACAUAUAUAUUAUAUAAUAUAUUAAGGGUGCGGCUAAGAUAAGAUAGAGUAUAUCUUGAACCCGUACCUUACCCUAUCCGCAGGCAAACUCGCACUGUACCCUACCCUACCCGAAACGGGUCGAGUAGACAACCCUACCCGAACGGGUUGGUCCGGAUUGAGUACCCGCGGUAGGGUAUAUAUUGCCAGCCCUAUUUUCUCACUCUCGUAGGUGAAAACACACUGCAUUUCCUUUUACGUUACUCCUCUUGGUUGCAAAAAUAAUGUUUUCAUUGUUCUCAUCCUCACCAGUCAAAUUAACGUAUGCUCUUCAAAUGCCAAAGCUCUUUCCUUAUUCUGUUCCCCAUUCCACUCUCCGUCUUUGCUUCCCUUCAACAUCAUCCCUACACUCUCACUCUCAUCCCCAAUCACUUGAUGAAGCUGUUGAUUCCUUCACUCGCAUGCUCUCUAUGCGUCCUCCUCCAUCCAUCAUCCAAUUCACCAAGAUUUUGGGAUCUCUUGCCAAGACCAACCAUUUCCCCACCGCCAUUUCCCUUUUUCAGCGAUUGCAAGCCAGGGGAAUCACUCCCAACUUAUUUACUUUGAGCAUAGUAAUUAAUUGUUGUUGCGGCAUGGGUCGUAUGGCGCUUGCUUUCUCUGUACUGGCCAAGAUUUUUAGGAUGGGUUUUCAGCCUGAUACGGUAACAUUGAAUACACUCAUUAAAGGUCUCUGUCUCGGUGGUAAGGUUGAAAAAGCACUGCACCUUCACGAGAGAAUGCUGGAUCAAGGGUUUCGGUUUAAUGAAGUCACUUACGGGACCUUAAUCAAUGGACUCUGUAAGACCGGACACACAGCAGCUGCUAUUCAAGUGUUGAGAAAGAUCCCACUGUAUGGGAUUGUUCCUAAUGUCGUAAUGUACAGCUCAAUUAUUGAUAGUCUGUGCAAGGAUACACUUGUAAGUGAGGCUAUUCAUUUAUACCUUGAAAUGCUUGCUAAGGGAAUUUCUCCCGACGUUAUCACUUACACUACUAUAGUUGAUGGAUUGUGCCUUGUGGGUCAACUAAAGGAAGCCAUUGAUUUACUAAAUCAUAUGAUGUUGAAAAACAUUAUUCCAAAUGUUUGUACCUAUAGUACUUUGAUUGAUGGACUAUGUAAGAAAGGAAGAAUCAAAGAUGCUGAGAAUGUGUUUGCUAUUAUGAUAAAAAAAGGUGUGAAACCAGAAGUGGUUAUUUAUAAUAGUUUAAUGGAUGGAUAUUGUUUGGUUAAUGAGGUAGAUAAGGCAAAGUAUGUAUUCAGCACAAUGGCUCAAAGUAGAGUGUCUCCUGAUGUUUGGAGUUACAAUAUCAUGAUCAAUGGGUUGUGCAAAAGUAAAAUGGUUGAUGACGCCUUGAAUAUCUUUGAAGACAUGUGUUGCAAGAACCUGUUUCCUGAUCUGGUAACUUACAAUACCCUAAUUGAUGGCUUGCUAAAAUCAAGGAGAAUCGAUGAUGCUUUGGAGCUUCUUCAAAAGAUGCACGAUGAAGGUCAUCAUUCGGCUGAUCUAGUCACUUUCAACACUCUUAUAGAUGGCCUAUGCAAAAAUGGAAGAAUUAAGGAUGCAAAAGAGAUUUUUGAACAUCUUUCCACUAAACUCUAUAAUCUAGACACUUGGACAUAUAAUAUUAUGAUUGGUGCAUUUUGCAAAGAGGGCCUCCUUGAUGAAGCAUUGUCAUACUUGUCAAAAAUGAAAGACAAUGGUUGCUUGCCAGAUGUUGUGACUUAUGGAAUAACCAUCAGUGCUUUACUUGAAAAAGGUGGCCAUAGCUCUAGUUGCUUUAAUCCUGCAAAUGCCUGAGAGGAUAAGUUGAGGGAGAGUGAACGGGAGCUCCGAAAAGGAAGGAAAGAGAAGAGCAUGAAAUGGAAAGGGUGUGGGUGAAAAUCCAAAGAAAGGAGGCAAUCACUUUUUUUUAAGCUUUACUUGUGGAGACAAUCAAAGACCCUUUGGUAUCACUUUCAUUCUAUAUUUGGUACCAUAAACUCUUCCACUAAUGGUACCUGAACUUAACAUGUGGACUUGGAGAUGUUGUUGGUUCCUUACCAAAGACUUUGGCUCAGCACGGACAUAGAGUUAUGGUUGUAGCACCUCGAUAUGGUAAUUAUACCGAAGGACAAGAUACGGGAGUAUAGAAAAGAAACAAAGUAGAUGGUCAGGACAUGGAAGUAUUAUAUUUCCAGGCUUAUACUGAUGGUGUUGAUUUUGUUUUUAUUGACAAUCCAAUACUUAGCCAUAUAGAGAAUAACAUAUAUGGUGAAAAUCGAGUGGUAAGUUUGAUAUAAACUAUAACAUUGCCUAAUACCUAAUGGUAGUGUAAGGAAUAUAUUAUGUGAGGUUACCUCCUAACAAUAACAAUAACAAAUGUUACGCUAUUUACUUUCAUUAAAGUGACGUCAUUAUUAUUGCUACCCUUAUUGUUAUCAUGGACGGAAUCUAAGCAUAAGCUAGAAAAUGAUCCUCAAGGACAUCCAACAAAUCCUGAUCUAGAUCCGGCUGACACAGAAAAGAUCUUUCGGUAACAUAUCAAGAUGCUUCAGGAAAUAUCUACAGAGACUCUGAUCCCUAGUGGAUAUGGGGUCCCCGUUACCCAUCGCGGGGACGAGGCGGGGGCAAAGACGGGGACGGAUUAUGGGUGGCGGGGCAGGGGGCAUGUCACCGCCCCCCAUGAGGAUCCGUUGCUAUCCCUACGUGCGAAUGCACUCUUCAACUCAUUGCAUUCUAGUUUAGCCAAGGUUUUGAAAAUCGAAUCGAUUAUCGAACCGUUAUAGUCACUAGUCUACUAAUCCAGGGUGUUCACGCGAAGAGUGAAGGAGGCUGCAGGCUUUUCUUUUUCGGGACACCAUGAAACGACGUCUUCAUUCGAACUGGUCGAUUUCAGUUUGAUUGGAUGGUUCAACGGUUUAGUGCCGGUUUUUUGCUCCAGCGGUUUCUAUCUGUGAGAUGAACCGCUAUUGCUGUCGGUUCACAGUCAGACCGAUCCAUUUUCAGAACAAUGUUCAUUUCAGAUAGGGGUGUACAUGGUCCGGUUCGGUCCGAAAACCUGGCCCAGCCUCAAACACUUUAAGGGCUAAUUUGGUGUGAUUUUACCGGGUCUAGUGCCGGGUAAGGAUCUCAAAAAUAGACUUGGUCAUUAUUUUGGGUUGGGUCCGAGCCAUAGCUCGGGUCACCCGAACUCAACCCGGUGGCCCGGUCAUCAUACACAAUUAAUAUUUUGUAUUAUUAGUAAUGGAUAAUGACUAUUCUUAUGUGGAGUUUAAGU